AUGCCAGAGUUCAAACCUUUAAUGGAAGAUCAAUGGAAGGAUUAUGAGAAGUUAUUCAACUCAACUUCUGCUAUGUUUCGUCUUACGAAGCAGCUAAAAGCUUUGAAGCAGCCACUGAGAGCCCUGAGUAAAAUGAAGUUAGGAGAUAUCUCAAGAAAAACCGGUGAGGCGUAUCAGGUUUUAUGUCAAAAGCAGGGAGAGACGUUAAACAAUCCUACUAUGGAAGCUAUGCGGGAUGGUAAUAACAAGUUUUUUCAAAACUCAGCAAAGCUUCGAGAAAUUAGGAAUGCCAUCCAUGAAAUACAGAGAGCAGAUGGGUCUUUGGCAAAGACGGAUGAAGAGAUUAAAGCAGAAGCAGAAAGUUUCUUCGCGGAGUUUAUGACGAAGCAACCGGAUGAUUUCGAAGGUGUUUCAGUGGAUAGACUGAAGGAGCUGUUGGGGUAUCAAUGUAGUGAGAUGGAUUGCAGGAACCUUGAGAGAGAAGUCACAAGAGAAGAAAUAAAGGAGGUUAUAUUUCAUAUGCCGGGUAGUAAGUCUCCAGGGCCAGACGUUUAUACAUCUGAAUUCUUUAAGGAAGCGUGGGAAGUAAUUGGAGACGAUGUUAUAGUGGCAAUACAGUCUUUCUUUGUGAAGGGGUUUCUACCAAAGGGAGUAAACUCUACCAUAUUGGCUUUGAUACCAAAGAAGGAGGAAUCUAAGAUGAUGAAAGAUUACCGUCCCAUCUCCUGUUGCAACGUUCUGUAUAAAGCUAUCUCAAUGAUCAUAGCAAACAGGGUGUUUGCAGAUGGAACUCGGAAUUCAAUUGAAGGAAUUCUCAGGGAGUUUGAUGAUUUUGAUAGAAUGAGUGGGUUGAAGAUUAGUAUGGAAAAGUCCACUCUGUUUAUGGCGGGUAAUAUGCAGAAGAGAGAAGAGAUUCUGAGAGAUUUUCAGUUUGCUACAGGGUCACUUCCGGUACGCUACUUGGGGCUUCCCUUAUUAACGAAGAGAAUGACUGUGCUUGAUUAUCUCCCUCUGAUAGAGAAAAUCCGGAAGAGAGUGAGUUCGUGGACGGGAAGAUUACCCAGUGGUUGCAUCAAGGAAAUCGAGAGACUGUGUUCAAGCUUUCUUUGGUCUGGUCCGGAGCUAAAUGGGAGAAAAACUAAAGUUGUAUGGAGAGAUGUCUGCAGAACAAAGCAAGAAAGUGGGUUGGGUGUCAGACCUUUAAAGGAGGAGAACACACAGAGUGGUUCAUGGAUGUGGAAAAAGCUUCUAAAAUGUCGUGAGAUUGCAAAAAGUUUAUAUCAAGUGGAGGUGCGAAAUGGAAAGAAAGCGUCCUUUUGGUUUGAAGCUUGGUCUCCAAUGGGUCGUCUACAAGAGGUUUUGAGUGGUAGAGGACACAUUGAUCUGGGCAUACGUGCAAAAGAUACUGUGGAAGCUUGUAAAAGUCACAGGAGGAGACAUCAUCGAGUUCAUAUUCUAAAUGCAGUGGAGUUGGAAAUUGAGAAGAUGAAGGAGAAGUGGGUUGAUGAGGAGGAUGUGUCUCUGUGGAGGAAUGAGAAGGGUAGAUACAAAGCUGCUUUUUUCACUUGUGAUACUUGGCAAAAUAUUCGAGAGAAGCAUCUUUGUUGCUCAUGGCACUCUACUGUAUGGUUUAAACAUGCUAUUCCCAAAUAUGCUUUUGUCACUUGGAUGACAUCCUUUGGAGACUGUAGAGCACCUUUUUUCAAAUGCCCUUACUCUAUGCAAAUAUGGGAAGUGCUAAUGGAAGGGGUCUUGCAAGGUCUAGUAGGAGUGAGAGCUGGACAUCCAGUAGGAGUGAGAGCUGGCUGCCUAGUAGGAGUGAGAGCUAGGUAG